AUCCAGUCUGCAGGUCUCACUAUGCUCUAUAAUGCUCUAUUAUCACUAACGGCAUUUAUGUUUUGUCUUAGUCUUUUCCUGGUGCACAGAGCCAGUGUUCUAGAAAAUGACUUUCGCAAACUCCAAGGGGACAUAAUGCUACAAUUAAAUCAACCACAUUCUGAGGGAGUCAAUGGGAAAAUGGCCAAGAUGUCUAAAACAAGGGAGGACAUUAAGCCAAGUGUUUUCCAAAAGGCUCAGAGUUCUCUGAAGAUAUCUUCUAGGAGAGUAAAAAGGGAACAGAACAGCUGCAGAGUUCCAACAUCAUUUCUGCAGUUACGGCCUAACACUAACAAACAGCCAGACAUAAGAGGAAAUAUAACGGUGAUCCCUUGGACCGUUUCUGCACAGAAAGGAAGUACAAUUUCACAAAAGGAAAACAGAAUUGUUGUCCAAGAAGAUGGUUAUUACUUGGUGUUUGGACAAGUAUUGUGUCACUCUAACUCAAGCAGAACUAAGUUGAUAUUGCAUAUGAUUUGUUCCAAGUAUUCAGCUAAUGUUCUGCCUAAUUCACAGGUUUUGUUCGAAAGCCCAAGCACAGUUAUGGCUCAUGUCAUUCGAAGCUGGAGUUCUUCUGAAGCAGGGAAAAAAUCAACACAGCUCUUGUGCUGCAUGCGAGAGAUGUCUGAUAAAACUUACGGCAAUACAUGUUAUAGUUCAGGCACAGUGUAUUUGCUUCAGGAUGAUGAGCUGGAGUUGGUGAUCCCAGACAGGCCAGGAGCGCUGAUCUCUACAGACACAGAGUCAACCUUUUUUGGUGUCAUACAGCUAAACUGAAACAACACAGCAUGGGGAUGAUAAAUAUGCAGCCCAUCGUUGCAGGAAGCUGGAAACUGACACUGAGCUGUGUGAGAGGAUGCUGAUAAAGGACUUGAGUGACAGCAGCAGGAAAAGUGCUGGAGCGUGUUAUUAAUCUCAGGAAAAUACACAAUGAACUUUUUAAAUGAACUGUCCGUGUCCAUCAUCUGUCGUGUUUUUGAGGAAUUUUUGGAAUCUGCCAGCUUUAAUCCAUUCAAUGUUUCAUUCAGGUGGCACUUCUGCACGUGUCUAUCCUGUACCAUUGUUUUUGUGUGCCACCACCUCCUUUCAUCGGUCUAUUUUCGCAUGUCUCUUUAUACCUUGCCGGGGGCUUCCCUCCUGCUCCACCUACACGCUGUCAGCUUAUUUGUUCCUCUCGUCUAUUUUAGACCGGUUUCCGUCUUUCCAAAGACUGUGUCAGGAACAAACAAAUGUAUAAAUUUAUAUCGCUCAGGAGGUGUUUUCCUGGUUGGCACAGAGCUCCACAGCACCGUAAAUACGUGAAUGUAAAAUUAAAAUUGUUGCAAGUUGGACAUUAUGUUGUGCCACAAUAAAUUCUCGUUUGGUAUUUCAGUUCAGCUUACUUAACAUGCAUUUAUCUUUGUGACUUAUUGCAUAAACAUAAAAAUAUGACUUUGUUUGUGUAUAUGUUUAUUUUAAAUUUUAGUCAUAGAUUUUGUAAAGCUUGAUAGAAAGUGACAUAUCAUUGGUGGUGUCUCUAUUGUCUAAAUAUAGUAUCUACAGUGCCUA